AUGAAUCCAUUCUUCACACUUCCUCAUCAACCUGAUGUUUCACAGCAUCUUGAGCAAUCCCAUCCUUUAGUGGAUGAGUCACCUUUUGUUAUUCCUGUGGAUGAAUCUAAUAAUUCUUCCACCAUUCAUAUGGACCAUCAUAACUCCGCUCUUCUUGCCUUGCCACAGCCAGUUUCUUUUCCUCUAACUCUUCCCAUCGCUUUCGCCUCCACAGAACCGGAUUCCUCGGUGACGGCUCACCCAUCUCCUCUUCUGGAACCAACUUGUCACUCCACUCGUCCUACACGACCUCCUAUUUGGCGUUGUGAUUAUAAAGUGUCUUAUGAUAUGUUGCAUACCCAGGUUCCAUUGUCUGACUCUAUGCCAAAUUCUAUGAAAGGUCAAAUAGAGCUAACUUCUUAUGAUCAAGCUGCACAUGACCCCAAUUGGCAACAAGCCAUGACCGCUGAGAUUACUGCUUUGGAGCAAAAUAACAUGGAUCCUCAUGUGUAUAAAAUCAAACAUCAUUCGGACAACACCAUUGAGCAUUACAAAGCUCGCUUAGUGUCUAAAGGCUACACUCAACAAGAAGGCCUUGACUAUCAUGAGACCUUCUCCCUUACCGCUAAACUUGUCACUAUUCAAUGCUUGCUUGCAAUUGCUGCUCCUCGACAUUGGCCUCUCCACCAACUCAACGUCCAAAAUGCAUUCCUCCAUAAACAUCGUGAUGAGGAAGUAUAUAUGCUUCCUCCACUAGGCUUUCGCCUACAGGAGGAGAAUCUUGUGUGUCAACUCAACAAGUCACUAUAUGGACUUAAACAAGCAUCACGAAACCAGUUUUCCAAAUUUUCCAAUGCUAUAAAAAUGGAGGGAUUUAAUCAGUCCAAGGUAGACUACUCUUUAUUCAGCAGGUCACAUGACUCAUAUUUCACUACUUUAUUGAUUUAUGUUGACAACAUUAUAAUUACAGGCAAUGAUCCAACAUCCAUUAAAUCUCUCGUGGGAGUCUUUCAUGAAAAAUUUCGUAUCAAAGACCUAGGUGACCUCAAAUACUUUUUGGGCAUUGAAGUGUCAAGAUCCAAGCGUGAAAUUUUCAUCUCUCAACAAAAAUACACCUUGGAUAUUCUAAAAGAUGUUGGUCUUCUUGGAGCAUGCCCAUAUGAUUUUCCCAUGGAGCAAAAGCUAAAGCUAACUCCAACUGAUGGUGAUCUGUUACAUGACCUUGCUCACUAUAGGAGACUUGUUGGGCAGCUCAUAUACCUUACUGUAGCCAGGUCAGACAUUGUUUACUUAGUACAUAUACUUAGCCAAUUCAUGCACCGGCCACGCAAGCCACAUCUUGAGGCAGUACUUCGAGUUUUGCGAUAUCUAAAGGGUUCACCCGACCAAGGACUUUUGUUUCCUUCAAAAAACAACCUAAAGCUGACAGCCUUUUGUGACUCUGACUGGGCAAGCUGCCCAACUAUGAGAAGAUCUACAAUCGGGUAUUGUACCUUUCUAGGGGACGCACUAAUAUCAUGGAAAACAAAGAAGUAG